GCUGACCCGCCUCCGGCUGAUCCUCGGCGCCGCGGGAGGGGCAGCGGCGGCUCCGCUCGGGCCCCUGUUGGAGCACUCGCUGCGAGCGUGGGGUCCCGCUCAUGUACCUGUUUUCCCUUCCGUUGCCCCAAGUCUGCACGUCUUACACCCUCGCUAGCCCCUUCUAAUAACAGAGAGGCGGAGAGCUGUCCCCCGCAGGCCCCGGGACAGGCGUGCCGUGCUGGCCCUGCGCAGCUCUGGUGGCUCCGCUAGACGAGGGCCCUGCUGGAAGGGGCGGCGCGGGAGGCGAGAGGGGCACAUCCGCCUUGGGGUUGCUCUCGUUAAACGACGUUUCCAUGGAUGAUCUGGGCCCAGCAGGUAAGAGCCUGCUGAUGGCACUGCCUGAUGACGAAGUUGGGAGGCAUCACUGACCCAAGGAGGAACUGGGUAUGGCCCAGGAAGGCUGACCUUGAGGACUCGAAUGAGAUGAAAUACCACCAAGUGCAGGGCCACGGGAUCAGCGGCUGACCCUUCGAAUCACAGCUGAAGGAUGGGAUCUCAUUAGUUAGGAGUGACAGAGGAGAGAGAACUUAGUUGUGGGAUGAUGAUGAGCCCACAGACAAGAUGUCGUGAAAAGGGCAAGUGUGAUCAUAGGAUGUAUCGGGCAAACUACAGUAAAGAUGGAGAAGCAUUAAAGUCAGUGAGCAAGGCCUCACUACUGAGCCCUCGUCUGGAAUAAGUCAGGUUGCCCAUGCUCUGAAAAAAAUAUUGUCACAUACAUCCUGAGUUUCCUGCCCAUUACUGACAAGAAAGAGGCUGCUCUGGUAAAUCGUAUCUGGUAUUUUGCAGCCCGGGACUCCUUGUGUCAGGUAAAGCCUGCUCUCCUUCCUAGAUCUGAGGUCUGUGUAGGUGUGCCCACUCUCAGGGCCCUUGCUGAGCCCCCAUCCCCACUUCCUUCCUGCAACCUUGGCUUACAUGGCUAUGCUUGCUGUUGAGGUCCUGGCUGAGUCCUGCUAAUGGAUGAUUAGUAGGCUCUUAAUCAGACCCAGCCAUUGGGUCCUAUAGCCAGUACUGGGUAGAGCCCAGUGACUGUUUCAUGCUGAGGGAUCCAAGCCCAUUCCAGGGUUAGCCCUCUUGUCUGGUCUCUUUUCUGGGACAAGGAGGCCCAUAGCGCAGCUACCCUGCACUCUAGUAUUGAGAUCCCGCAGUCCUUUGCAUGUUCCCCAUAGUUCUGCCUCGCGGAGCUCUCUGGUUUAUCAUUUAACUUCUUAGGGGCUGUUACUAGUUGAAGAAAAAAUACAGGCUUUGCAAAGGAGCUGUUUCCAUGUAGGUAGUUGACUAAUUACAGAGCUAGCACAGAACAGUUAGAGAGCUAGGUCAACUAAGACACCUGGAUGUGAUGGCUCCUUCAACUCCCUCAGCAUUUCUGAGAGUCCUCAGGCUCAGUCAGUGUCCCUGGCAGAAGGCAAAGCCAGUGCUGCCCGACUUGUGUUCCUAUGUCUGACAAUAGACUGGCACCAUGCCUUAGAGGUCCUAUCCCUUUCCAAAGCAGGCUACAAUACCUUGUUUCAUUUUCCACCUGCUAGGGAUGCUUCCUGCUCCUGCUCCUAUGGAAUUGCUGUGGCAGGAAGUCAGUGGUUCAGUGAGGCUAACCCCAUUGUCUGACAAGGCAGAACCAUUUGGUUGUGGACGGCCUCCCAGAGGGAGCCUGCUUCACCCACAAAAUGGAGGUUCUGACACACUCAUCAAAGAGCAGAGCAUCCUUCAAGGGGCCAAUUUGUUCCCCAGGCUGCCUCUCCCCUUCCCAUGCAUGCCUAGGCCCACAGUGCCAUGCCUGAACAUGUGCUUAUCUAAGUGCAGUCACCCCCAGGCCCAAGCUGCCUGUGCUGGCCCAAACUCCCCUCCCCAUAGACUGUAUAGACUGGGCAUAGACUGCUUCUCCCAAAAAAGGGGGCAGGGGUUGCUUCUCUAGCUACUUGUUUAGAGUCAGCAUGUCUCUACUUCCCUUAUCACUCUCCCAGGAUCCUGAGCUGUCUCUCUGGUUCCCCAGGCCAUGCCUCUGGAGCAUCAGGACUCCUGCCUUCAUGCCUCCAGUGCUUCAAUCUCCAGACCAGGGGUGUCACGCUCACUGAUGAGUCAUAUUUCCUGUCAGCAGCCAGGGGGUAGGCCAUAGCCAGGACUGCGUCAUCCACCCCGCAGGGCUUCUCGUGGGCCAGACAACCCAUCUCCAGAUCUGAGCCAUAAGGCAACUGUCAGCUUCUCUGUGUCAGUGCAGCCAGCACCCAAGGGGCUAACACCACUGCUGCUUCUUCCCCCACCCCCCCACCCCCUUUUCCCAUUGCCAGUAGCAAGCAAAAACUGGAAAUUCAGUGAAGGGGGGUGGGGGGGGAAAGGAGUGUUAAUCCCCUGGGUGCUGGUUCACACCAACACAGCAGCUCCAGCAGCCACAGCAACAAGCCCAACAGACUGGAUCCAGAGGUGGAUCGUCCAGCUCGUGAGUAGCCCUGCAGGACAGAUGACCCAUUUUUAUGGCCCAUAUGUGUGACAUCCCUGUCCUAGAUGAUUUCUAGAAUCCUAGAGUUUCUCCCUUUCUCACGGGCUGUUUCUGGAGUCCUGCUUCCUGAAGAUACCUGUGAAGUUAGAUCUGGUCUAAACAUAGUCACGAGCACAUCUGCCCUGCAGCCUGAUAGGUAGAGUUGGUAUGUUUCCAUCGCUGCCUUGACUGUACUUGUCCUCCUAGCAAUUACCCCUUUCCUGUUCAAUCCCAGGAUAACAUUGUCUACAACAUCCCAGUCAGUUCCACGUCUCUCAGUGCCAUUGCCAGCUUGGGAAGAAGCCGGGUGUGCUGCAUCAGCCUGCCCAACCUCGACAGCUCUACCAUCUCCAGGGAUGUAAUCAAGUAUGUUGCACAUUACCUGGGGCCUCAUCUACAGAGCUUGUCUCUGCGUGGGAGCAGCCUGACUGAGGCCUCUUUCAUGACCCUUGUUUUUGCUUGCCACUGCUUGUCCUCACUGGAUUUGAGCAGCUGUAACAGCCUCUUCAUGUCUGGGACCCUGCUUUCCAAACCUGAGACCAUGCCUCAAGCUCAAAAAGCCCUGGCCUACCUCCAGGAGCUCAACUUGUCUGGCCUGCGUUACCUGUCUGACCUCAGCUUCAACCGGCUGGUGAGCUGCAUGCCACACCUGACCAAGCUCUCACUGGCCCGCUGCCACAUCACUUUUGAGUUUGAUCCCUACCAUGGUUCCAGUCACUACAACUCCUCUUGCAUAUUGUCCUUCCGCAACCUCCAGUGCUUUUUGAAGGAGCAAGCAAGCAGUCUCCAGGCUUUGGAUUUGAGUGGCACAAGCAUCACGGCGCAGGCCAUGAAGUCCCUGGUGCAAAUAGAGAAGCUGCACCUCCAGGAACUAGUGCUUCAGAACUGCCAGGACCUCACCAAUGAAGCUGUCAGCUUCCUAUGUAAGCACCAGCCUAGUUUGACUCUCUUAGACAUCAGCAGCUGUUCUGAGCUGUCUGAUCAGGCUGUCCUAGCUGUAUCAACUAGUCUCCAAGCCCUUCAGAACUUACGUUUGGGGAAGAUCCACAGGCUGACAGAUGGUGCUUUUGAGCACUUCGGCCAGCUCAGGAGCCUGCAGAACCUGGAUAUCUCUGAGUGUAGCCUAGUGAGUGGUAACAAGCUGGUGAAGGCUUUUUCCCACCCAGAGCUGCAACCUAAACUGGCUUCCCUCAGCUUUGCCUUCUGCUCUUUACUCAGAGACAGCUCUGUCCUCUCCCUGGCCAGGACACUGAGUAGCAGUCUGAGAGUAUUAGACCUGUCUUCUUGUGUCUCCCUCACCAACAUGAGCAUCCAAGCAAUUUCCUCCCACUUCACCCACUUGAUGGUCCUGCGGAUGGCUUGGUGCAGGGAGCUGACAGAUUGGGGCCUCCUGGGUAUAGAAGAGCCCCAGCAGGCACCGGACUGUGGCAGAGAGGCUUUGGAGCAGAUUCCCAAAGUCCUCACUGACUCAGACUGGCAGGAGUCCCAAAAGAAGUACCGAGCCUCCCUGCAGGCCCUCCACUACCUCCAAGAGCUUGACCUAAUGGCCUGCCACAAGCUGACUGACAUGAGCAUAACCAAGGUUAUCUGCUUCCCAGAGCUGAGGCGGCUCUCUCUCAGCUUAGUACAUGAGAUCACUGACAGCAGCCUUGUAGCCAUUGCCAGGGGUUGCCGGAACCUGGAGCACCUGUCACUGAGUCACUGUGGAAACCUGACUGACGGGGGGUUCAUGGAGGCUGCCAGCUAUCUGCGGAGACUCCAGCGCCUCAACAUCUCUGGCUGUAACCAGCUCACGUACCAGACCCUCCUGGCCAUCGGGAAGGAAUGUACACAGCUCAAGAAUCUGGAUGUCUCCAUGUGCAGUGGGAUCCGUGUGGCUGACAUCAAGCUUUUCCAGGCACAGCUCCCCCUGCAGACAUGCAUCCAGUCACACUUUGCAGGUGGAGCAGACCUUUUCCUCACCCUGUGAGAGAGGCUGAUAUAUGGCUCAGACCCAUUCACUUUCUCAGCAAGCACCUUCAGCUCCGGCACAUCCCUGUGGGUACACUUAACCCCACUCAUUGACCCUGCUAACACUGCCUGGGAGAGCAGAGACAGCUCCAAGCCCUCAGCAUGAGGGGGAAGAAGUUCUCAUCCUCACUGCUGUUUUCCAAAAUGGCUGGCCUUUGAAGUGCUGGCUUCCUGGUAUUCCCUAGCCAAAGACAUUCCUUGUGUCCAAUAUUAUGUACAACUCAGCUGCUACCAAACUAUGUGUGUGGGAAGAGCCCUCAAAGCCCUUUCCCCACCCCAUCUUGGGCUAUAAGCCCUCUCCCAACCUGCUCACUGGAUUUCCCAGGGUGUACUUUUGCAGAGCUGUUUGGAACUUGCCCUCCACUGAGGCGCUGGGCCUUCCAGUUGGAGCUUCAGAGUCCUCUAGCUUGUUAUAUAGGGCUGAGCAUGGCCACCAUUAGACUCUUCCAAGCCCAAGCACCAGAAAAUCAAAAGCCUAGCAGCCACCGCCUCUGGCACUGGAAUGAGCUAAGUAGGGGAGAAGAGGGCACUGUAUCCCAAUGAGGGAUGCAGAAUAUGGGUAUCUCAUGUUGAUGACUGCAAUGCUGUGCAAUCUAUAGUACUCCAAAGGCAGGCACUUCUGCAUCUUUCUGGCCUGAUGCGAGAUGAGUCCUGGCUGAGGGGCUGGGACUCCACUUCUCAGUCCCUCCCAAUGCUUCUGGAAGCUGCAGCACAGCCUCCUGGCACAAGUUUCAACACUGCAAAGAGGGUGAAUGCACUGCCUAGUCCCAGCCUUUCACUCUGAGCUGACUGCUGCCAGCUUACCCUCCAGCCAUGGGAGCACUCUCCCUUCUGGCUUGCAAAACUCCAUGCUGUUGGGCUACCCACUUCCCUCACCAGGAGCAGCUAGCACAACUUCCUCCUUUUCAGGGUUCCCUCAACAGCACAGGGCUCUCCUGCUGCAGUUUCCAGGACAAACUUGUCUCCCUUCUCUUUGGCCCUUAAACGCCUCUGUGACUGGAGGGAAUCUGCCCUUGGUCCAGAGAUGCUUCUCUAGAAUGUAUCAUUCAGUGUCUAUACAUGGUGCCUUGUAGACUGUUAAUUAAAGGCUUUAUUUUCUAUAGAA